AUGCUUGGAGCCUUAGAGCUGGCUUGCUGUUACAGCGCCUGGAAUCACGGACGACAUCAUAUCGUUGAUGAUCACGAGCGAUAUGUCAUCAAGAAGGAUAUUAAGAAAUUGGCUGGUCAUGCUCGCCUCAAAGAACAGGAGUACCUUUCACUCGAAUCCGUUAUGGCCGAGUUCAAACUAUCCAAUAACACUCUACGAAGAAUGAUGACACAUAUGAGUGACAAUAUGGAUAGAGGGCUUGAGGGUGGGCUGGAAGCAUCAACAAUCGCUAUGCUUCCAUCAUUUGUACCUGAACUCCCAGAUGGAACAGAACGUGGUAAGUUCGUUGCUAUGGAUCUGGGAGGUACGAACCUGCGAGUGAUGAUCAUGGAAAUCGAACCAGGCGAGGAGAUGCGGACGAAGCAGUUCAACACCCGCAUUUCUAACGCUGCCAUGCAUGGCAGCGGCGAACAGCUGUUCGACUAUAUUGCCAAGGCGUUGGCUGACUUUCUCAUUGAGAAAGAAUUGGCCAAUGACAAUUUGCCGGUCGGCUUCACAUUCUCCUAUCCGUGUGAUCAAACGAGUCUUAGGAGCGCAAAGUUGUUGAGGUGGACCAAAGGUGUCACCGCUACUGGUGUCGUUGGCGAAGAUGUUGUUAAAUUGUUGGAAGAGGCAAUUGAAAGAGACGGCAGAAUUAAAGUCGAAGUGGUGGCACUUAUCAAUGAUACGGUUGGAACAAUGGUCGCAGCCGCCUACGAAACGAGAGGAGAGUGCGACUUGGGUGUCAUCAUUGGAACCGGUACGAACGCCUCCUACAUGGAGAGCACGAAGGCGAUAGUGUACGGUUUACAGAACGCAACUGUAGAAUAUCCUCAUGAGGAGAUGAUCAUCGACACAGAAUGGGGAGGAUUUGGUGAUCGAGGUGAAGCCGACUACAUUUUUACUCAAUAUGACAAGAUUGUCGAUGAGCGUUCGGACCAUCCAGGCGUGAACUCUCUCGAUAAACUUGUGGCCGGUAUGUGCAUGGGAGAGAUCGUGCGACUAGUGCUAGAGAAACUUUGCACACAUAAGGUGUUGUUCGGCGGAAAUGGCUCACAGAUGUUGUACACGAUCGGCUCGUUCCCGACGAAGUACAUCUCCGAAAUUUUACAUGACGAUUGCGGAUCAUAUGCGAACACUAGGCAAAUCAUGGACGAGUUAGGUGUUGACGACUACACCUUUUCCGAUAUGCUACUAUUUCGAGAGGUCUGUCUGGUGGUGUCGCGACGAAGUGCAUAUCUUAGUGCAGCAGGUAGCAAGCAUUAA